GAAAAGUAUGGAUAUAUUUAUUUACACUGAUGUAACUUGUUAAAGUUUGCGCGUAAAUAUUGUCGAGUCGAUUAUUUUGCCAUUCGUGAAAAAAUGGUCCUCGAAGUCGAAAGUAACGGAAACUAGUUUGAAAUGCUUCUGCGCGCUUGAGUUUCGUGAGCAAUGACAAGAAACGUAAUACGGAACGAAGCGAAUGCAACAAAACUAGGGACCUGGGUGCCCAGAGGAAAAAGAGAGUAAUCGGAUGGAUAUAAGGGGAUCCUGUUUCCUCGGAAUACUUAGUUUCCUUCGCGAAUCACCUAGGAAACUAUUGGCGCCUGCUGCGACUAUAAACGCCACCAUGAAGACGGAAUUGUUUUUACAAUUUACGUUACUUUUAAUAAUACUGUCGGUUAGCUCGUCCGAGGGAUUCUUUUUCUCGUAUCCAAAGAAAGUGAUAAUGAACUUCUUGCAAUCGUUGAAGGACAAGAAAGAAAUGAAAAAAAAGCCCACUCAUAUACAGCAUUACCAUUUGCAUUACUACCCAGUGCCUACGAUAGUGGAAUCGCCGAUAAAGGCUCCUACGAAACACGAUCUCGGCGAGCUUCACAAUCAACAUCUAAGUGCCCUCGGUUGGUCGGAUCACGAAUACGCGCAUCUCCCGAAACCUAGAAUCAAAAUCCCUGUGAGAUUACUCGAAGCAUGGGGUGACAGUGUUUCAUGGAACCAGGAAAUAUUGGAUCUUUCGGAGUCGUUCGAACACAGCGGGGACGACAGUAUAUAUGUCGAAGUUCCAUAUUCUCAGAAGAUCAUCAUUGAAAAUGAUCAUUCCCGCGUUAGUAAAAAGUCAAAGAGCGCUAUACUGUCAGCGCUUCUUCAAAAACUAAGUUCCUUCAAAGACUAUGCGCAUAAAAAGAAAUGA